AUGCCGUCCCCGCAAACGACCCUCCAACUCCUCUGGCUCACAACCCAAUUGCCCCCCUCCGCCUUAACCCGCAUAAGCCUGCCCAACUCGGGCGAAUUGUUACCGACUUCGUUCCACCUUACCACCGCGGCUCAGGCUUCGAUUGGCGCUUGUGUAGGCAUCGCCGCGGAGAUUUUGAGGAUGAGGAGAGCUGCUGAGAGGAAUGGGGUGGUUGGGGAGGAGGCCGAGUUGGUGGUCGAGGGGAGGGAUGCGGUGGCCGAGUUUAGGAAUGAGAGAUUGAGUCGGUGUGGGGGUGAGGUGAGUUGGCUGGGUCGAACGAGUUUGGCGCAGUGGGCAAAAGGUGACGCCUUUUCCCUUUGUGCCCGACCCAACCUGCUUCGUAUGGUCCUCUUCCACAGCCAGGACAACUGUGGGACCCGUUAGCAGGGCAGUACCCCGCAGCCGUCUCCCCACCCGCUUCCCAAGGUGGUCCCUCCUCGGCGUGGGUCCGCCCUCAUCUCAACUUUCCUCAUCACCGCGAUGGACUCCUCAAACAUCUUGGAUUACCUACGGAUGGCACUACCACUAAGGAGAUGUUGGCGAAUAGGUUGAAGACACUUCCGGCGCAUGAGACCGCGGAUGAGGUAAUGGAGAAGGGGUUGUGCAUGACCAGUUUGAGGGGGUUUACGAAUUGGUCAGUCCGGGGAGAAUUGCUGGAAGGGAGUGGUGGCAUUCUAAAGCAGCUGAUCUUUGUUUGAAAAUUGUACGACAGGGACCUCCAUGAACAAGGCCAAGUCGCCUCCGACAAAGGAGGAGGGCCAAUCCCACUCUACAAACUCAACGAUCGACCACCGAAACCCUUUCCCAAAGUCCCGAGCGACAAGAAGAACAGACCAUUACAAGGUGGGUCAUCGGGAUGAGCAGUGAUACCGUCCUUCUGCGAUGAUUGACUGGACUGGGUAAUCCACUCAGGCAUCAAGGUCUUGGAUCUGACGAGAGUCAUUGCCGGCCCGACGGCGGGGAGGGCGCUGGCUAGUGAGUGUCUCUUGGUAUCCACACCGAGAAGUAGAUUGCUGAUGCACUUUAUGGAACAGCAUACGGAGCCGACGUUUUGUGGAGUAGGUCCAUCCACCGCUCUGACUUACCCCAAUGAUGAAUAUAUCCUGACCUUGCUUCUCCCUUGCCCCCCCUCUCGCGCAGUCAAUGCCCCCCACAAUCCCAAACUCCCCGCACUCGACUUUGACACCUCGCGCAACAAGCGUUCGAUCCAACUCGACCUACGUCGCUCGAACCCCACCGACCGAGCUCAAUUCGAGGACCUCUUACGAACCGCCGACGUCCUCUUACAAAGCUACCGUCCUAACGGCUUAUCCUCCCUCGGAUAUCCCAUCGAGAAAUGCCUCGAGAUCAACCCGGAUCUCGUUUACGCUACUUUGAGUGCAUGGGGUGAAGAGGGACCUUGGAAGGAAAGGAAGGGGUUUGAUUCUUUGGUGCAGUUCGCGGUGGGGUUCAAUGAGGCGGAAGGGAGGGCUUGGGAGAUGUUUAGGAGCGGGAAAGAGGUGGAGGAAGGCAGCGGGGAGGAACCGAGAGCUUUGCCAUGUCAGGCUUUGGAUCAUUCGAGUGGUUAUUUAUUGGCGUAAGUUGUUUCAAAUUCUUGAUUGCGACGGAAAGAGGUGAACUGAUAAAUGUUGUUUUCUUUCAAAAGAUUCGGCAUCCAAGCCGCCCUCUACCAUCGUUCCCAAACAGGAGGAGCCUACUAUGUCGAAAACUCCCUCUUAUCCACAGCGACCUGGAUACGCUCCCUAGGUCGAGCACCCCUCGAAUCCUUCUCCAACAUCCCCGAGACAUUCGAGGAAUUAGAUCGACGAGGAAGGAUAGGGAGGGCGAGGGGAUUUGAAGGGAAAGAGGUCGAGUUCGUGAGGCAUUCAUCGAGGGUUGUUGGGGGCAGUUUCGAGAUCAAGGAGGAGGGGGCUCCGAGGGGUUAUGAUGAUGAGGAGGUGGGGAGGUGGGUUCAGUGA